AUGCCGGAGAGGUCAGGGAGGAGUGAGUUCUUUGACAACCACAAUCCAGACUCAGUGGCCGCAAGGGAAAAGAUGGCCAUGACUGCUUUGGCCGACGCCAUCAGGUUCUUGGAUGAGGGGGGGAAGUUCGCGAUCUUCGAUGCAACCAACAGUACUGUCGCUAGAAGGCAGUCCAUCGCUGAGCAGGUGACCCGUGCGAGUUGA